CUUCUUUCUCAAGUCAUCUAACUUUACUAGUUUUGUUUCUGUGCAUUUGCACUUUGUCCAAUAGUUUUGUGAAUUGGGAUCAUUUGUGAGAAUCUUUGUGGGUUGGCUUGGUUCUUUUAAUCUCUUGGUGAAUUAUUUAAUCUCUUUGCCUACAAAACUAUAGAAUACGGUAAUUUGAGGGCUGGAAGACUUUUGAGGUAUAUGCUGAUUCUCUUUUGUAACUCUGUAAUUAAAUAUUGACCAAUGUCCAUUUACAAGUCGCCUCAUGUGAAUAUGUUCAUGGUUAGGCAUGAUUCAUUCAAGCAUCAUUUUGCCCAUAUAUUCAUACUUAUCCCCAAUGAUUUGGGACUAAAGCUGGGUUAUUUAUGUUGUUGCAUACAUACAUAUGAUAUCAGAUUAUUUUUACAUGCUCAAACAACUUAGACUAUAAACAAAUAUAUGUUAUGGUGCAGUGUAUCAUCAUCAGACCUUGUUUCCAAGUGGAUGGGGGAAAGUGAAAAGCUUGUCUCUAAUCUUUUUGAAAUGGCGCGUGAAAGUGCUCCUUCUAUUAUAUUCAUAGAUGAAAUUGAUUCUUUGUGUGGGCAGCGUGGAGAAGGAAAUGAGAGUGAAGCUUCAAGACGCAUUAAAACAGAACUGCUCGUGCAGAUGCAGGGGGUUGGACAUAAUGAUGAUAAAGUUCUUGUCCUUGCAGCCACAAACACUCCAUAUGCUCUUGAUCAGGCAAUCCGACGACGAUUUGAUAAGAGGAUAUACAUUCCUCUUCCAGAUUUAAAAGCAAGACAACACAUGUUCAAGGUUCAUUUAGGAGACACCCCUCACAAUUUGAGUGAAGGUGAUUUUGAAGAUUUGGCCCGUAAAACAGAAGGGUUUUCUGGUUCAGAUAUAUCAGUUUGUGUUAAGGAUGUCCUUUUUGAACCUGUACGCAAGACACAAGACGCUAUGUUCUUCAUGAAGACUUCCAAUGGCACAUGGAUGCCAUGUGGACCGAAACAAUCAGGUGCUGUCCAGACAACAAUGCAGGAGCUUGCUGCCAAAGGGCUUGCUUCUAAGAUCAUUCCACCGCCCAUCACGAAGACAGAUUUUGACAAGGUUCUUGCACGUCAAAGACCGACGGUUAGCAAAUCAGAUCUCGACGUGCAUGAGAGAUUCACAAAAGAGUUUGGAGAGGAAGGUUGAGGAGAUCUCAAACACAUCCUGUCACCUUGCAUUGAAUUAUUGAUGAUGGGCUCAUUGUAUUUUGCUGUAUAACUUGUAUGUUUUAACCUUAGAAAGAAUGGUCUGGUCUCAAUGCCAAUGACAGCCACGCAAUGGAAAACUUUCAUGAAAUGCCUUUUAAACUGAGCAUAGUAUGCUUUAAACCGUUAUUGAUCUCCCAUUGGAUUUUUGACACAUGAUUCAUGAUGUUUGAUUGAUUUUAUUUUCAAUUCUAUCGAUUCAAAAAUUUUGUUAAGAUUAAACGGGGUGAAUAAAU